AUGAUUGGUACCGUUAGGUCUCAUAAUCGCCACCCUACCAUCACCGUCACCGUCAUCGACGUCAAAACAGCAUCUGCCACCAUCACCGUCAUCAGUACAAUUUCUACUACCCUCACUGUCACCGUCAUUAACACAACAUCUACUACCGUCACCGUCAUCAACAUAACAUCUACUACCAUCCCCGUCAUUAACUCAACAUCUACUACCAUCACCGUCAUUAACUCAACAUCUACUACCGUCACCGUCAUCAACACAACAUCUACCACCGUCAUUAACACAACAUCUACUACCGUCACCGUCAUCAAAACAACAUCCACUACCAUCACCGUCGUCAACACAACAUCUACUACCUUCACCGUCGUCAACACAACAUCUACUACCUUCACCGUCGUCAACACAACAUCCACUACCAUCACCGUCGUCAACACAACAUCUACUACCUUCACCGUCGUCAACACAACAUCUACUACCAUCACUGUCGUCAACACAACAUCUGCUAACAUCAACGUCACCGUCGUCAACACAUUUACUGCCAUCACUGUAACCGUCAUCACCAUAACAUCUACUGCCAUCACCGUCACCGUCAUCGUCGUGAACACAACAUCUACUACCAUCACUGUCACCGUUGUCAACACAACAUCAACUACCAUCACCGUCACCAACACAACAUCUACUACCAUCACCUUCACCGUCAUCAACACAACCUCUACUACCAUCACCGCCGUGAACACAACAUCUACUACCAUCACUGUCACCGUUGUCAACACAACAUCUACUACCAUCACCGUCACCGUCAUCAACACAACCUCUACUACCAUCACCGUCACCGUCAUCAACACAACCUCUACUACCAUCACCGUCACCGUCGUCAACACAACCUCUACUACCAUCAUCGUCACCGUCGUCAACACAACAUCUACUACCAUCACCGUCACCGUCGUCAACACAACAUCUACUACCAUCACCGUCACCGUCGUCAACACAACAUCUACUACCAUCACCGUCACCGUCGUCAAUGCAACCUCUACUACUAUUAUACGAAACCUCCAUCAAUACAACUAUUCUACUACCAUCAGGCGACCUUCGCGUCAAAACUCAGCUACCGUUUUCGACUCUUUUCAAUCUUAUUGA